UACCGGCAGCCCUUAGCUUGAGGCUGCUGUGGUGCCUAGCCGAGCCCGGCCCCAGGGUCUCCAGUGCGAAGAGCAGAGAGACGCAGCAGAGCAGACGCACGCAGCGGGCGGGACCCGUAGAGUCGCAGCCCGCCCUCGUCGCGCCGUGGAACCUAGGAGGUGCUGGGCAGGACGAGUCUUCUGGCGCGGGCUGCGGUGUGCCGACGCCGUGGUGGCCGCCAAGUAGCAAGAUGGCCCGUGCGCCGUGGUCGACGACGCAAGCGCGCAGCCUCCCAGCCAAACCUUCUCGCUCGACUGCCCGACCGUCCAGCACCUGUUGCGCGACGAGCCACUCCUCGCCCGGCCCUCCGCUCCCUUGCAGCUACGCGUCGCAACACGUGAGCGACCCGCCGCCCUCGACCGCUCCGCCCCGACACGACCGUCGCGUCCUGCCCACCGUCAGCGCCGCCAGCACCACCUGCCCAGCGAGCGAGCGCGGCCAUGAACCACCCGUACCCGCCGCGCCCCAUGGGUGUCCCCCAGGGCGGCCCCAGCCAGCGCCUGGAGGAGCUGCUGGCCAACAUCCGCACCGAGUUCGAGGCCGAGUCGCAGCGCGGCGUCGACUUCGAGGGCCAGAUCAGCCGCCAUGUGCAGGAGAUCGAGAUGAUCCGCAGCAAGAUCUACGCCCUCGAGAGCCAGCACCAGAAGAUGAAGUCGCAGAUGGAAGAGCGCAUCAUGCAGCUGGAGCGCGAACUCGAGGCCCGCGGCGGCCCCAGCCAGAGCGCCCAGCACCACGGCGGGCCCUCGCAGCCCCAGCCACCCCAGAUUGGCCACGGCCCCAGCAACCUCUUCGGCGGCAUCAUGGCCGGCAGCGCUGCCCAGGGCGGACCUGGCCUCGCCCCGCCGCCGCAAGAGGCACCGCAGCCUCCAGGCAUGCCUCCACACAUGGGCGGUCCCCAAGGCCCGCCCGGCCUGAACCCCGCCCCUGGCCCGCCGCAGCACUUCAAUGGCUACGGGCCGGGCCCCUCGGUCAAUGGCUAUGGCCAGCCGCCGCAGCCCACGGCCUCGCCAGGCGGAAAGCGCCCAGGCCCCCGCGGCCCUCCUGGCCCUGCCACGCCCCAGCAGAACAACCCGGCGCCCUAUCCUGGCUCGCCCCAGGUGCCGCGACCAACGCCCCCUCCGCACCACCAGCCGGGCCCCAUCCUGGCCAACAACGUCCCUCUGAGCCAGAGCAACAUCCUGGCCGACCUGGACAUUGAGCAGCUGCCCGACAACCUCAAGAAGGAGGGCAGCGAUUGGUUCGCCGUCUUCAACCCGCGCGCGAGGCGAGUCCUCGAUGUCGACCUGAUCCACAACCUGCCCCAUCAGAGCGUCGUCUGCUGCGUGCGCUUCAGUCUGGACGGCAGGUACGUCGCUACGGGCUGCAACCGCUCCGCGCAAAUCUUCGACGUCGAGACCGGAAACCCCGUCGCACACCUCCAGGACGGGAGUCUGCCUGAGGACGGCGACCUCUACAUUAGGAGUGUCUGCUUCAGCCCCAACGGCGCCUUCCUCGCCACCGGUGCCGAGGACAAGGUCAUCAGGGUGUGGGACAUCCACUCGCGCACCAUCAAACACCAGUUCACCGGUCACGAGCAAGACAUCUACUCGCUCGACUUCGCCAGGAACGGAAGGAUCAUCGCCUCUGGAAGUGGUGACCGCAGUGUCCGUCUCUGGGAUCUCGAGACGAACAGCCAGGUUGCCAACUUUGCCAUUGAGGAUGGCGUUACUACAGUCGCCAUCUCUCCCGACAACUGCUUCGUCGCAGCUGGUUCUCUCGACAAGAGUGUCCGUGUCUGGGACAUCCAAAGCGGCCAACUCGUGGUGCGCCUCGAGGGUGAGCAGGGUCACAAGGACAGUGUGUACUCGGUUGCCUUCGCUCCUUCCGGCAACCGUCUGGUCAGCGGCAGUCUCGACAAGACGAUCAAAAUGUGGGAGUUGACGACACCUUCUCGCCUAAUCCCGGGCCACCCUCCCAGCGGCAAGUGUGUUCGCACGUUCGAAGGCCACAAGGACUUUGUGCUCAGCGUCGCCCUAACUCCUCACGGCGACUGGGUGCUCAGUGGCUCCAAGGACCGCGGUGUUCAGUUCUGGGAUCCCCACACGGGUGUUGCCCAGCUCAUGUUGCAAGGUCACAAGAACUCUGUCAUCUCCGUCGCACCAAGCCCAACGGGAGGCGUCUUCGCCACAGGCAGCGGCGACAUGCGUGCGCGAAUCUGGAGGUUCGACAGGUAUGCUGGACCUUAGGUGGGUUCGCCGGAUAGCGUAGUCUGAGCCUCUUUCGCCAGCCAGCCAGUCAGCCAACACAGUGUGUUCCUCCAACAUGGGCGCAAGAGCAAUCGCAUAUGAGAAUCAUGUCAAAUAAAGGGUAUACCACAACAACAUUGUCUCGAUCAGAAAGAUACCCCUAUAGCGAAGCACACGAGUCACAUGGGAUCAUGGAACUCGCAUGUAUCUGGACAUUUUGCCCUUUCUUUUUUGGGACGCGCGGACGGAAAGCACCAGACAGACAGACAGAUGGACAUAUGACACGAAAAACUUUGGAUGAAAUGUAUUUAUUUUUACCCCCCCUGUCCGGACAACCCUUUUCACGAUUUGUGUUGAACAGGUUGGUUGGGGGUUGAUGGAUGGGAGUCUUUUUUUUCUUCUUAUUUCGAUUGGAUUGGUCCACGCUUUGCUGGA